CAUUACCUCACUAUUAUUAUUAUUAUUAUAUUGUUUUCCUUAAUUCACAAAAUACUCCUGGACAUGGUCAUCCAAUCCCCCUAUACUCCACCAAACACCAAACUCUCUCAACCUCCAUCCAAAACCCUACACGUGUCCAUCCCAAAAUCCCAAAUCCUCACGUGAUCCCUGAAAACCCCCACUUCCCUCUAUAAAUCACCACUUCCUCCACUUCCAACCCCCACCAACAAGGCAACAACUCUCACUUCCCAAACCUUUUUCCCCUGCCAAAAAUUUCCUUCCCAAAAUGUCCCUGGCAGUCUCAUCUCUCUCUCCUCAUCAUCCUAACCGUCCGAUCAAAUCCUCCAUCUCCGAACGAUCAGCCACGUCACCCACCUUCUCCUCUCCAUCUCAUCUUCCGAUGAGAAAGAUCCCCGGCGACUACGGCCUCCCGUUCAUCGGCCCAAUCAGCGACCGCUUCGCCUACUUCUACACCCAAGGCCGGGACGACUUCUUCCGUUCAAGAGUCAACCUUUACAAGUCAACGGUGUUCAGAGUCAACGUCCCACCGGGUCCGUUCAUCGCCUCCGACCCCCGCGUCAUCACCCUCCUCGACGCCGCCUCCUUCCCCACCCUCUUCGACACCUCUCUCGUCGAGAAACGCGACCUCUUCACCGGCACUUUCAUGCCGUCGACGACCCUCACCGGCGGCCACCGUAUCCUCUCCUACCUCGACCCAUCCGAACCUCUCCACGCACCACUUAAAAAACUCCUUUUUAACCUCCUCUCAUCUCGUCGCCACGCCGUCAUCCCCGAGUUCCGGCGAACUUUCACCUCCCUUUUUCAAACCCUCGAAACCACCCUCGCCGCCGACGGCAAGGCGGACUUCGGCGACGUCAACGACAACGCCUGCUUCGAUUUCCUCGGCCGCGCGUUGUUCGACCGGGAUCCAAAGCAGACGCCUUUGGGGAGUGACGGUCCGAAGCUGAUAAUGAAGUGGGUUUUGGUUCAACUCGGUCCGUUGUUAACUCUCGGGUUGCCGAGCGUGCUCGAGGAUCUACUGCUCCACUCGUUCCGUCUGCCGGCGGCGUUGGUUAAGAAGGACUACGAGAGAUUAGCAGCGUUCUUCAAGGAAUCAGCAGGGACAGUGCUGGACGAAGCGGUGGAGAUGGGGAUAACGAGAGAUGAAGCAGUGCAUAACUUGUUAUUCGCGAUCUGCUUCAAUGCGUUCGGAGGGAUGAAGAUCUUGUUCCCAGGGUUGAUGAAGUUGCUCGGAAGAGCAGGUGGGAAAGUGCAUGGGAAGUUGGCAGAAGAGGUGAGAAGAGUGAUCGGAAAAGGAGGUGGGGAAGUGACGAUGAAAGGGAUUGAAGAGAUGGAGUUAGUGAAAUCAGUUGUGUAUGAAACGUUGAGAUUGGAUCCACCGGUGCCGGUGCAGUAUGGUAAAGCGAAGAGAGACAUGGUAGUGGAAAGCCAUGAAGCGGCCUAUGAAGUUAAGGCAGGGGAGAUGUUAUUUGGGUAUCAACCAUUUGCGACGAAAGAUCCGAGAGUGUUUGAGAGACCGGAGGAGUUUGUGGCGGAGAGGUUUGUAGGGGAGAAAGGUGAAGGGUUGUUAAAGUAUGUGGUUUGGUCGAAUGGACCGGAGACGGAAACACCGACAGUAGGGAAUAAGCAGUGUGCUGGGAAGGAUUUUGUGGUGUUGGUUGCGAGGUUGUUUGUUGUUGAGUUGUUUUUGAGGUAUGAUUCGUUUGAUAUUGAGGUUGGGACUUCGCCGUUGGGUUCGUCGGUCAAGAUUACGUCUUUGAAAAAGGCCAGCUUUUUGAAGAGGUUUUUAAUUAUUUAAAUAUAAUUGUUGUUUUUAUUUAUUUAAAUAAAAUGGAGAAGGGUAGAUUGGGGAAAUGAUGGUCAAUAAAGGUUGGCAAGGUAAUUAUUGGAACAUGUGAAGGGUCCGAAGGGAUGUUGUUGGUUGAAUCUUUAUUUUUGGAGUAUUUAAUUUGUUUGUAGAGAGGGGAAGUAUUGGUUUUUAUACAUUUAUCGUGGAUUUAAUAAUACAACUUGUUUUCUCCUA